GAAAAAAAAAAUAGAAAAAGGAAAACCAAAUCAAAGUCAUCAUAGAGUCUCUCUGCCCAAAACAAAACAAAACAAAACAAAAGUCAUCCAUUGCAGUGUGAAGCUCUCACAAGUUCACAAAGAACUCACCACCACAAUAAGCAAGAAAGAAAGGGAGAGAAAGUGAGGGAAAAAAGGUUAGGCCAGUGGUGGAUCUAAAAUCUCCAACACAACACAACACAACACAACACACACACACACUCUCUCUCUCUUUCUCUGUUUCUCUCUCUAUAAGAAAAAAUAAAAUCCAAACACCAUGAUCAUCAAUUUGAUCCGCAAAUUUGGCUAAUCAAGUGCCCCUGUUCAUUCUUUUCUUUUUCUUCUUCUUCUCCUUCUUCUUCUUUUUUUCAUACACAAACACUCUCAUUUUUUCCGACCACUUUCUAAGUCAGAUCUCCUCCGAUCUCCGAUCACUCUCCGGCCACAAACCCACUUCCUAAAUCCACCAAAUGUGCUAACUUUGCAACUUCCACCACACCCUUGUCCCUGCUUGGUUCGAUUUCCAGUGACAGACCCAGAAGGGGUUUAACGUUGUUGGGUCGAAUCUGGUCCAAAGUUGUGUUCUUUGAGAGGUUUGAAGAAGACCCUUUUGAGUUGGGAGAUGACGUCGGGGACGAGACUACCCACGUGGAAGGAGAGAGAGAACAACAAGAGGAGAGAGAGAAGAAGAAGAGCCAUAGCAGCCAAGAUCUUCGCAGGUCUGAGGAUGUAUGGAAACUUCAAACUCCCCAAACACUGCGACAACAACGAAGUCCUCAAAGCCCUUUGCAACGAAGCAGGUUGGACCGUUGAACCAGAUGGAACCACUUACCGCAAGGGAUGCAAGCCUUUAGAGCGCAUGGACAUAGUUGGUGGAUCAUCAGCAGCGAGUCCUUGUUCAUCCUACCAUCCAAGUCCAUGUGCUUCCUACAAUCCAAGCCCUGGUUCAUCUUCCUUCCCAAGCCCAUCUUCAUCUCCAUACACCAACAUUCCCAAUGCUGAUGGCAAUUCUCUCAUUCCAUGGCUCAAAAACCUCUCAACUGCUUCAUCUUCUGCAUCGUCUCCCAAACUUCCCCAUCUCUACCUCCACAGCGGCUCCAUCAGUGCUCCUGUCACGCCUCCUCUGAGCUCUCCAACCGCCAGAACACCAAGAAUCAAUGCCGAGUGGGAGGAUCAGUCUGUGCGGCCGGGGUGGACCAGACAACAGCACUACUCAUUCCUGCCAUCGUCUAGUCCACCGAGCCCCGGCCGCCAAGUUGUUGAUCCUGAAUGGUUUGCUGGGAUCAAACUUCCUCAUGUCAAUCCAACCUCACCAACUUUCAGCUUGAUCUCCUCAAACCCUUUUGCCUUCAAGGAAGAUGGUUUGGCAGGAAGUGGUUCAAGAAUGUGGACUCCUGCUCACAGUGGAACAUGCUCUCCUGCUGUUGCACCAGGAACCGAUCACAAUGCUGACAUUCCAAUGUCUGAAGCUGUUUCAGAUGAAUUUGCAUUUGGAAGCAACAUGCUGGGGCUUGUGAAGCCAUGGGAAGGAGAGAGGAUUCAUGAGGAAUUUGGAUCAGAUGAUCUUGAACUCACACUUGGUAACUCAAAAACCAGAUGAAAAUGUGAGGAACUGAAUGUGAUUAUGGGAAGAUUGACCUGUGUUGGUUUUGCUGAGUAGAUAUGAUAGAGAAGGUAAGUAAGGUGAGUGGAAGGAGUUGGUUUCUUUUAUUUAUUUAUUUUGGUGACUUUCUCUUUUGAAUUUAUAGUUCUCCAGUAAUAUACAUGUUUAGUUAGGUGUGGGGUGGAUUUGCAACCCAUACAUCAUUGUACUUGUUGUUAAACCUUAUUAUUGGAAACAUCAGUAUACAUUGUAUGGAUUGGCUUGGUUUGCCACCCAAAAAACUCCACAGAUUGCAACCUAACAUUGUGUGCAAAUUCCAUAUAAUGCUCCUUUUUUA